CGAGACGCCUGCGCGCUCUUUCCCACUGCCUUGUCAACCCGCAGUAGUCGGUGCGCGAGACAUCUUGAAAGGACGCCGGGUCCACUUGCAAUGGCCGACUACGACCGCCGACCUCAUGGCCCUAGGGGCGGGCGCAAGAGGCGCUAUAGAGAAGAUGAUGACUAUGACCGCCGACAAAGGCGCCGAUAUGAAGAGCCUCUUAUUGUGAAAGUCCGGAGACAACUGCUAACAAUUGCCGAAUCUGCUGCCAGAAGAGCCGAGGACGACGCUAUAAGUAUUGCAAGGAGCGUCGCAGAAAAUUACGGCGAUGAGGAGUUCCGGAAUUCGUUCGUCGAUAUCGCUAUUGAUCUUGUCCUCGAGCAACCGUUAAAGAUCCCCUUCAUCGCGGCGACCGUUCUUGUUGCGAACUUCCAGAAGUCCGAACUCGUCUCCGACGUCCUCAAUAGGUCGAGUGAAAGUCUACAGAAAUACGUCGAUGUUGGCGCAUGGCGCGAAGUUAAGCUCCUUCUGCGGUUUCUGGGUUGCCUCCAGAGUAUCUUCGAAGGAGAUGGCAUCUUCCCAGUUUUGGAAGAGCUUUUUGCGCGCGCAGUUGACCUUCAAACAGCAUCUUCUGAAGAUUUGCUUGGUCUGGAGCUGGUUAAGAUCAUUCUCUUUACGAUUCCAUACGUAAUGGCGUCUCCGGCAACAGGUUUCGAGUCUCAUGCCACCGCGCUUCUGGAAAAGACGGACAUCAUCGCUUCCACCCCCCAUGCCCUUGUUGACUUGGUGAAUCCUUUUGGCCCCGAGACCGGUAAGCCAACCGCCACGCAAAGCUUCAUUAGCCUGGUUCAGACCCAGCUUCAGAAUGAGUCCAGUCGGAGCUGGGAGCUUUCAUGUCUCCCUCGUCCAUGGAAGGGUGCACGAGAGGCACUGGAAGCAGAUGAGGCACGGGAAGAGGAGGGCGAGCCCAAGUCUGUUGAAGAUGGGCCAAAACAUCCUUUCCCGCAAAUCACGGUCCCCAGCCCGGUGAAGAACGGUACAAGGGCGAUCUUCCCAGAGGUGUACCUCUCUGUUUAUGCGAAUCAGGAUAUUGAGACGGUCCCCCCUACAUCUGACAUCGCUUCCUCCUUAAUGCGUGAUGUCCUUGUCGAUACUAUAAACAUUCUCGACUUCAACCGCAUUGCGACGGCAAAGUUUUUGAUUGAUGUCGACUGUUAUUUCACGACAAAUACUUUUGUGAAGCGUGCGACGCCUUUUGAUCGACUACGUGAUUUACCUGGCGAUCGUUCCCAGUGGAAGCCUGAAGAUGUUGCCGUGGAUGCCGUCUUUUCUCAACUGUUCCAACUACCUUCGCCUGAGCACAAGCUGGUGUACUACCACUCAGUUCUCACGGAGUGCUGUAAGAUUGCUCCGGCUGCUAUUGCUCCGAGCUUAGGGCGUGCUAUUCGCUUUUUGUAUCGCGGUCUGGAAACGAUAGACUUGGACCUAAGCCAUAGAUUCUUGGAUUGGUUCUCUCACCACCUGAGUAAUUUUGGCUUCACGUGGAAAUGGAGCGAAUGGGUCGAUGACUUGGAACUCCCUCUUGUCCAUCCGCGGAUGGCUUUCAUUACCGGAGCACUCGACAAAGAGAUCCGACUGAGCUUUGCGCAGCGCAUUAGGGGAACUCUUCCGGAUCCGUAUCAAGACUUGAUUACGGAAGGAAAAGAGAAAGACACUCCCGAUUUCAAAUACCAGUCCGACACUACCCCUUAUGCUGCUGAAGGCAGAGAAACCAUGCAGCUUGUUCGUAAGAAGGCGAGUAACGAGGAAAUACAGCCGGUAAUCGAUGCAAUCGAAGAACAAGCCAAGUCAAUGGGUGUUGAAGAUCCGCUGCUUUCUUCAACGGAUGCCUUCGUUACCGCUAUUUGCUUUGUCGGCUCUAAAUCCCUCUCUCAUGUUCUGUCCUGUAUCGAACGGAACAAGGAACGGUUGCUAGCCAUUGGCCCCAAGUCUUCGCAGGCGCGGCGCCAGAUUAUCACUUCUGUCAUGGAAUACUGGGUCGAUCAGCCUGGCAUUGGCAUCAACAUCAUCGACAAGCUCCUGAAUUAUACCAUUCUUACCCCGCUGUCCGUGAUUGAAUGGGCGUUGGUGGAUAAGCUGGAGGCAGGCACCGUUCUUGCAAAGUCUCACGUCUUCGAGAUGAUCUCCGCUACUGUUGGGAAGGUCACAAACCGCCUGCGACAAAUUGUUGCCGCGCGCACCCAGCAGGGUCUUUACGAACCUCAGCUCAGCGUUCUUGAUGAAACCCUCAAUCGCGAGAAGGUUGAUAUGCAAGCUCUCUUCAAGGUCAUCGAAGACUCUAUCGUGUCUGUUGCCGGUGGAAGUAAUGAUGAGCUGAUGGAAAGGGGAGAUGGAAGUGGAAAUCUUCCAGAGGACGAAAUUAUCCGGCAAUGGGGCCAGCGGUGGCUAAGAGUGUUCCGAAGGAAAGCCGGUGUCGAGGAGUCGUUUAUUACCGAUGCCAUGGCCACGGCUACACCUGUCGGCACUAUUGCUCCUGCUCCUGAGACCGUCACUUCUGAGAUCGCUCCGGCAGAUGGCGAAAUGGAUGUUGCGGAAGUAGAAGCGGGUGCUGAUUUCUCAUGAGCUUGGAUCAAUGUGUAGUAGGGAAAUUUUGGCCCAUGUACUUACUAUUCAUUCGGAACAGCCAGCCCUGCUUGUAUCCAUAGGUGUGCACUUACUAUUUCAACUAAUUCAGCGGGUAAGGAGUUUCGAAAUGUCAUCAUUGAAGUUCAAGGGCUAUAUACGUACUACACGAUCAGUAUUGAGCAGCUUCAUUUUUCUUUCCCGGUUUUCUGUUGUUAUUUCUCUUUGCUAUUUUUGUUUUUGGAAAAGCCUCG